AUGGCGGACGAUCAAUACCACACAGGAGCCACUGGAGGCCAAAUUCCAGCCGAAAUACUGCUCAGAAAGAAAGAUACAGAGAUGGACACGGCAGCUACCGCAAGUGCAACCGUUCCAACCGGAGGAAUAUACAGCACCUGGGAAGGUUUGCGACCAAAGAAUGAUACCAUCGCACGAAAACCUCUACCCAUCCAGAAAGAUGUGAAUUAUGAGCCUGCUCCCAGCCAGAUUACCUCUCCAUCAACGGAUACAACAAACUCAUCACAUCUAGCAACGCCUCGAAGUAGCGACGAGUCAAUCUCGAAACCAGCUCCCACGCCUGUCGAGGCAGUUGGAACAAAUUCAUCCCCAUCUGUCAGCCAAAGUCCAGCACCUGGUUUGGCUUCGUCUACAGCUGGCCAGCCCUUGAAUACAUCUGAUGUUGUAUCCCCCCGUUCUACAAACCCAUCAGAUCUGCCGCCAUCCCAGACCAGCCAGACCAGCCAGACAAGCCACCCGGUUCGAGUAGAACCAACAAAGUUUGGCCAAGCCUACUCGGCAAGAAACCCCCCUCCAACAGUCGAAGGGUUCCAUGAACACGAAAGGCAAAGACAUGAAGAAUCCAGAAAGUAUUUCGCAGAAGGGUCAGAUAAAAUCGAACCAGAGCAGACGGACAAAGAUACGACAGGUCACGAAGCUCCAACCAAAGGAGACGAAGCUCGCGCUGGGGCUACAGAGGAUGUCCCGAUCGGAGCUGAAAAGUCCAAUGUUUUGUUUCAACCAACGCCCAACGUUGAUCUCAGCAUUGCUUUCAAAACGAUCCAAAAAGAUGCCAGAACAGUGGCCUGUGUGAUUUCGGGGGCUAUCGUGAUCCUGGAUUGGCUGUUCAUUGGUGGGGGUUGGAAUGGACUGGUUAAGUCGCUUUUCCCAGCUGCCGGUAUUGCUGCCGCAGUCUACUUUAUCCUCAUCAAUGUUGGAGAGAGUGCUGGAGCCCAAAAAUUUCAUGAGACGGAACCCAAAGUCGAGAAGCUGAGAUAUGUUCCGGAAUCCGUUGAGUGGAUGAACAGUCUUGUGGAGACUUUAUGGCAUACCCUCCAGCAAGAGUUCUUUGAUGGCAUAGCCACGACGAUCAACGACACCAUCAAGCCGUUCAUUCCAGCAGGUGUGCCUGCCACUGUCAAGAUUGCAAAACUCGGCCAUGGUAAAAUCCCCGUGCGAGUGAUUUCAAUGAGAUCACUUCCAGACUCCGAAUUUGGAGACCUAGUCCCUCAACACGGCGAUCGCAAGAAUGCCACUCCCGCAGAGAAUGCUGCACGAGACAAGGCCAUCGAGAAGGAACAGGGUGGUGUCUUUUACAACCUCGAGAUUAGCGUUGCAUAUCAUGAAGCUCCACUCCGACCACGAACUGAUGCCAUGCACGUUGACAUCCUCACGAUGAUCGGCCCGCUCCCGAUCCCGAUUUUCGUGCAAGUCAAGGAAUUCGUUGCUACAAUCCGAGUGCGACUACAGAUGCAUCCAGAUCUGCCAUUCUUGAAGAACAUGACUUUCGCCCUUACCCAGAACCCGAAAGUCAAUGCGUCCGUCUCGGUUGGUGCUCCUUGGGUUUUUGACCUCCUCAACUUGCCCCUUAUCGACUCGACUCUCGUGUCGCAGAUCAAUGGCGCUGCUGCCGAGUUUGUCCAGCCCAAGUCAAUGAGUUUAGAUAUGACAGUUUAUGUUGGUGGGUCGGAUCAAAAGACAGAUACGGAUGCUAUUGGAGUGCUGUUUGUCAAGAUCCACAGAGCGAGACAGCUGGCGCGCCAGGAUUCGCGUGGACCGGGAGCUGACCCAUACCUCACUAUUGCGUUCAGCAAGUAUGAGAAGCCCAUGUACGCUACUCGCAUCAUCAAAGGUGACCGGAACCCGGUCUGGGAAGAGACGGCAAUCAUUAUGAUUAAGGCCGAGCACGUCAAGCGGAACGAGAAUGUCCUGCUUCGUCUCUGGGACUCAGACACCACUGGCUCAGAUGAUGUUUCCGGUGUUUGCGAGUUCCCGUUACAGGAGCUUAUUUUGAAAGCAAAUGAGAUGCAGAAACGGGAGGACCGACUCCAGGGUGAUGUUGAGGGUACCGAUGCUGAGGGAGUCCUCGAAUGGGAGAUCGGUUAUUUCCCCCGUGCAGAGUACCACAAAGCAUUGAGAACCGAUGCAAAGGACCCCCGGGACCGACAUGGUGACAAGAUGGAAGUUGCAGAAGAAGAAAAGACACAGAAUGCGCAAAACACUGUCCCGGAUCCAAACCUGCCGUCUGGGAUUCUGGGACUGACCAUACAUCAAUGUAUUAAUGUGAACGUGGGCAAUCCCGGUAAGAAGUCUAUGGGAAAUGUGCAGGUCCAGAAGCAAGAUGAUGAUGGAGAGGAUGAGGGAGAGGCUGAGUCAAUCAGCAUCGACUACAUCCCCUCCCUAUACGUGUCGGCGGAUAUCAACGACCAGCUGGUCUACCGGACACGAGUAAAGUCCAUUACCAGCUCGCCGACGUACAACUCAUCAACCGAGACCUACAUUCGGGACUGGAGGCUUGCAAUUCUCAACUUGUCGGUCUGGGAUAUCCGCAAGAAAACAAAGGAUUGUCUAGUUGGUGUGGCUUCCGUCAAGCUAUCGGAUAUUUUCCACGAUUCUUCCUCCGUGGUAAAAUUCUACGACCUGAAAGGAGGAGAAGGAACCGGCAGGAUCCGAGUCAGCAUGAUCUUCCGCUCCAUGAAGAUGAAGCUUGAGGAGUCCCUCCUCGGCUACUCCGUUGGCUCCUUUGUCUUCUCCUCGCCCAUCGUCUGCACCGGCUCCUCGUUCAACACCAGCAAACUCAAUAUCCGCGCCGCCGGCUCCCGCCGCGCCAUCAAAGGCGGUGGCGAAAAGACUGCGGCCGGACACACCUGGACGCUGGAGAAGCCGAAGAACGUCAUUCCCGUCAGCCAUCGGUACUUGUCUCCCGUGGUGUUGGAGUUCGUUGGUGCAGGCUUGACGGAAAAAUUGAAGACGCCGGUUAUCGGGAAGAACAAGCACUACGCUGUACUCUGGCUCUACACCCUCGUCGAUAAUAAAUCUUCCGUCUUCAAUCUCCCGAUCUACAAAACCAAUAACCCUGAUCGACUAACCCAAAACGUCGUCUUCGAAUCUGAUGACACUAUGAAGCUUGAGAAAGUUGGUGAAGUACGCUUUGAGGGCAAGUUUAAGGCGGGCAUUGACGAGGCGCAUGAGGAAUUUCUUGCAGGCCACAAUAAUUGGUGCACUUUUCAGGCGUGGAAGGCGGCGCGGAAAUCGGGUCAACGGGAAGAGAGUGCCAGCCGGACGACCAGUGCUGAAGUUGAUUUCCUUGCGAAGGGGAUUAAGAAGAGUAUGUCGAUUAAGGUGUGA